AUGGAUGCUGAAUUCAAUGGAACAUUUAUAACUCUUGGUGGCUUUGUAGAAAUGGACAAGUAUAGAUAUCUGUACUUUGUCAUCUUGUUGAUGUUAUAUAUUCUCAUCCUCUGCACUAACUGCACCAUUAUAUGUUUGAUCUGGAUCCACAGGGACCUUCAUGAGCCUAUGUACAUUUUCAUUGCCGCUUUGUCACUCAACUCUCUUUUGUUUAGCACUGUUAUCUACCCUAAACUUUUCAUUGACAUCUUAUCUCACAAACAGACCAUUUCUUAUUCUGCUUGUCUGUUUCAAUAUUUUCUUUACUAUACAUUUGCAGGAUCAGACUUCUUACUGUUGUCAGCCAUGUCUUAUGACAGGUAUGUGUCUAUCUGCAAACCUCUGCAUUAUCCAACUAUCAUGGGGAAAAGAACUGUUAUUGUCCUCUUGACUUUGGCCUGGUUUCUACCUGCAUGUAAGGUUGCAGUGCCAACUGUGAUUAAUUCUCAACAAAUUCUCUGCGACUUUACAACAAAAGGAAUUUUAUGUAACAAUACAAUGUUGAAGCUUCACUGUGUAAAAUCAGCAUUUCUUACCUUUUAUGGUUUGUUUAUCAUGAUGACUUCUGUUGUUGUUCCUGUGACUUUCAUCCUUUUUACGUACAUAAAGAUAUUUAUAACAACUUAUCACAGGUGUGUAGAAUUUAAGAAAAAAGCUGCAGAGACAUGUUUACCUCACCUGAUGGUUUUAUUCAUCUUCCUUUGUUUAGUUUUAUUUGAUGUCGUCAUAGCUCGUUUAGAGUCGGAUCUUUCAAAAAUUGUACGUCUUAUAAUGACCGUACAAGUACUUGUGUAUAAUCCUCUGUUCAAUCCAAUCAUUUAUGGAGUGAAAAUGAAAGACAUCUGGAAACACAUCAAGAGAUUGUUUUGUCAACUGGUGAACAAAAUAAUAUGA